AUUAAUAUUGCAUGCGCGACGCAUCUAUUUCAACGAUAUAUUGGGGGGAUCAGGCAUGUACGUGCUUAUGGUCCGUCCAUGUUGCCUACGCUCGCGGUGCAAGGGGAGCUACUUGUUGAAAACAGUCUUGGUUACCGCCUGAAUCCGAAAAGCAUCGCUCGUGGAGAUCUCGUGACUUAUACCUCGCCCAUCGAUCCAGGACGUAUAGUGUGUAAACGCGUCGUCGGUCUUCCUGGGGAUAUCGUAUGCGUUGACCCCACCGGAGAGAAAGCGCCCUCGACGGAGCAUGUUGUGGUACCGAAGGGGCAUUACUGGCUGUCGGGAGAUAACGCUGCUGCAUCCAGAGAUUCGAGGGAUUACGGUCCUGUGUCUAGUGCGCUGAUACGUGGGAAGCUGGUAGCCAGGGUACGUUUGUAUAUCACAUUGCUUGGUGCGCUCUAUCACCAACCUCUUUCAAGGUAUGGCCAUUGCGAUCAUGGACUAUAUUCCGUAAUCCCUUCGCCAUCAUCGACUAAAGCUCGCGUGGAAUGCACCUCUGUCCUCAUAUCAGUUCCCCAGAACGCUAUGACGGCUGGCUCAAUCGACAUGGUAUCAUAUCUGAGCGGGUCCCAGUUGGUUUCUCACGGACAAGUGUUCAUAAUCAUCAGAUCUCAGAGUGUGGUAAGUACUAGGCCAGACCAGCGAUACUUCAAUGCGUUAUGA